GGGCCACGCCGCCCGGGGGGGCCGCCGCCGCUGAGGGAGGGGCCGCGCAGUGUGUGUGAAGGAGACCCGGUUCCUGCAGCAUCCGCCAGGCGUUCUACCCGUAGCGUCCGACCCAGCGAGACGCCUGCGAUGCAGCCUCCGCCCCAGGCAGUCCCUGCAGGGGCAGGGCCUCCGCCUCCCCUCGCGACCCAGGGGAACGUGUACUGGCGGAACGGCCCGUUCGGCAGGCGGCCAAACGCACCUGUGUCUGCGGCAGCCGGGCCAGUGCAGCCUGUGACUGACCCGUUCGCCUUCGGCCGGCAAGCCCCGCAGGGCCCCGCGGCGGCCCACCCAACCAAAGGGGAUCCCCCCGUCAUGCCGGGUUUCCCUCCGAUGGCGUUUCCGCCGCCUGCUCCCUCCCACCCUCCCCAUCCGCACAGCGGGGAGCGUUCUCACGGCUCGAACCCGCCUCUGCCAGCGCCCGCCUCUCAAUCCGGAGCAAACGGCACGUUCCCAAACACAGCGCCCCCGCUGUCGGCGUUCCCUGCCCGCCUUGACGCGCAUCCGAAUGCCGGACGCGGCGCCCGCAACCCCGCGGGGCAGCCUGAUCCCACGGGGCUCGCUCUUGAAAACUCUGUCCGGGGACACCAGGGUUUGACUUCCAUGCUGGACUGGCCACCAAGCGAGCAAGAUAUUAGCCGAAAUCCAAGCAACCCUGGUUCGGGGCCCACAUCCUUGCCUGUCUUCCCCCCUGUUCAACAAGCGGUGCCUCAGUGGUUACCUGUCCAAGGCAACUUGCAGCCCCAAGGCCAUGCUUACCCGCCCUACUCGGAGGCCCCGCCCCAAAAUGCCUUCUACACUCAGGCUGCUCUCGGCGUCUCCCAACCGGGCCCCCACGGGGCCCCCCAGCAAAGCCCUCCACAGCAUCCCGUGGUCGAGAACACCGCGCAGACACCGCUGAUGUUUGGCGAUGCGUCGAGCAUGACCGCGCCCCACCACACCGCCUGGCAGAAUGCAGCAGGGGCGAGUCCCUGGCCCGGCCAGCUUCCCCAAGAACACUUUUAUUUGCAGCCUCUUGAAACUGCCCACCCUUACGGCAAUUCGACCGCUCAGGAAAACAGCCCGUCGGCGCAGACCCGAGAUGCACCCGAGACGGCAGGCGGGCAGUGCCCAGCUGAUGUGGACUCGGGCACGGUCUCGAUGUUUUUCAAAGGAGACGAAGCUGAGAACGAGGAGAUACUUUCGUCAGAAAUGGCCGGGCAGGCCGGCAAAGCUGACGGCGACGCUUUCCAGCAGACGAUGGGGCAUACGUACUACCAGCCGCUGCACGCGCACCAGGCCCCGACCGCUCCCUUUUCUUCCGCGCAGCCCAAUCCGGUUUCUGCGGCGGAGGCGUUGCCAAAGGAGGUCCAGCAUCCCUUCCGAACCUCGGCGCCGCAACAGGACAUCCGGGGCGGCGAAACCCCAUCCUUUGCUAGCGAAGACAAAACCGGCCUUGCUGAAGGCGCCGGCAGCCGUGUCGGUCCGCGAUAUGAAAGCGUCGAGAACCAGGAGUGCGUCCAGAAUCAGGAGGUUUUGCCCAGCGAGCCGCCGGCCCAGAGCUGCGCUUCCCCGGGCGCCGCCGCGGAUCCAAAUAGGUAUGCCUUGCUAUUGGGGCCGUCGCUUCCGCAGAGCGGCCUAGGGGCCCCCUUGGAAGGAGGACCCAACCUCGAAGCCCCCGAUUCGUUGCCACGACCCGUCCGGCCCGAGAGUGUCUCGUCCAACUACAGCGGCCUGAGCUACAGGAGUGUCCCGACUUCGGCCUGGCCGCAAGAACUGGGCACGUUCAUCCAGCAGGAAAGCGGGAAGCCGGAGGAGCCCUCCGCGGGCUUUUUCCAGCAGAUCGACUCGUCCCCUUUGGGAGGGGACGCAGGUGAGCGCAGCAACUCCGGCAAGAGUUUCCGCGGCCCUCCCUCUCAGGCGCCCACCCCCAGCCCCCCGAAGCCCACGGGAGUGUUUCAGACCAGCGCGAACAGCUCGUUUGAGCCCGUCCGGUCCCACGGGCUGGGCGUCAGGCCUCCGGAGGCUGACCAGGCGAAGAUGGUGGCUGAGCGGAGAGAGACUCGCCCGACCCAAAGGAGUACCAAGAAGAGCCCGGCCGUGCCGGUCGCCUCCCCGGGGAAUCUUGAACAGCCCCCUGAUAACCUGGAAACACUUUUCCUGCCCCAGGCCCACCCUUUGCCCCUAACGCUCGUGGGCAACCCUGGAAGCGUGCUGCAGCCCAUCGGGGGGUCCGUGUCAGAAAACAUGCAGUCGGUCCCCGAGAAGAGACCGUCGGCCCGGCUUCAGGGCACCAUGAGUCCAGCCACGACGCUCUGGGCGCACGGCGAAUUGUCCAGUUUUGGGGGGAACGUGCUCCUCGCCCCCGCGGCACCAGUGGUGUACGUCCCAGCCAAGCCCACGGCAGUUCAGGUCGUUCAGCCCCCGGAGGAAGGGACGCCCGGGCAGCCACCGCCGCGUGAGCCGGCCGCCCUCCUCCCUCCGCUGUCUCAGGCCGCGAACGUCUCCUCUGAGAACCUGGAGAACCCUCCCAAGAUGGGGGACGAGGAGGCCGUCCGCUCCCAGGCGAGCUCGGGUUACGCAACCCUGCUCUCUUCUCCGCCUACGGAGGCGCUCAAGAACCAGCCGAUCCUGAUUGCCCAACCGAAUCAGAGCGGCAGCUUGGCACAGCCGAUUAAUUUCUCUCUCGCUAAUCAGCUGAGCAGGAGCGAAAAGAAUCACCCGGCGAAAGAUCCCGGAAGUAGCCACAAGCCGUUCUCGGGCGGUGAGAACGCGCCCUCCGCCGGCUCCUUUGUUCAGGCGCCGGCUGCUUCCGCCCUCUCCAAUUCCCAUUUUUUCCAAGGCCCUCCUCUCAGCGCUUCUGAAGUGACUCACAGCGCACCUGCACACUUACUGGCCCAGCCUGCCUCUCAAGUCCCGCUCAGCUUGGUUCUGGAGAGUCAGAAGGGCACCGGUUUGGAAGGGCUGCCUCCUGAAUUAGCCAGCCAGCCUGGGGCUAAUGCCUCCGGCUCCCAUGGCAACCCAAGUGCGGGCUUAGGCAGUCUGGGGCCUGCCGGGGGAUCCAGCAAUAGCCAUCCCGGCAGAACGAAAAACUGUUCGACCAGCCAAGAGCUGUCCAGAGGGCUUAAUUUCACAGUCGCCAAGACCCCGGAGCACAGCGCCGCGGGGAGUCACGCCCAGGUGCAGAACCCGCCUCUUUCGCAUCCCCAGGGCUUUCCUCAGCCGCCCGGUCACGCGGGCCAAGCAGCAUCCGGGGCUCACGACCCGCAGCAUUUUUAUCAGCAGGUCACGAAAGACAGGCAGCCCCCCGCGCCCUCGGGCCGAGCCACCCCCUCGCAGCAGCUGGCACGGGCCGCUUCGCCAUCGCAGGCGACGGCUCUGCAGCAGCCCCCAGGGGCACCUCCGAACCACCAGGUGCCCCCUGCAAAUAGUCCCGCUCAAGCACCGAACCACAGGCCCGGACCGGCUGGGAAUGGCCCGGCCAGUUACGCUGAAAACAAGGGCCUGCCGCCUGCCUCAGCAGCUGCGAGCGCUAGCCAGCCGGCUCGGCCCCCCUCUCGGCAGGAACAGCCGCCCCCGCAGCCGCCUCACGCCCCUCCCACGGCCUUUCCUCCGCCUCCAAACCCUCACUACUACUACCGGAACCCGUACGAUCCCUAUGCGUCGGCGUAUCAACCGCCUUACCCUCCGGUGGACCCUCGGACAGCUCAUCUUUACUACCAGCAGGAUCCGUACGGCCGAUACGACCCUUCGUACCAGCUGUAUGACAACGCCGCCGCUGCCUAUCCUGGGAAUUACCGGCCCGUGGAGCCCGAGCGCCCCAGCUCCCGCGCAAGUCACACCUCCGACAGACCUCCCUCAAGGCAAGGGUACCCCGACGAAUAUUAUAACCCCAAAAGUGGAUGGAGUGAUUACUACGCAAACUACUAUGCCUCGGAUUAUGCAGAUCCAAGCCAUUACCAAUCGGCGUAUGAUGACUGGUACAGAGACCAGCGGUAUUGGUACGACUCUGAACAGAACCCCUACCAAAAGACGGAGGCCUACCCAACCCGAAACAGCCAUGAUCGGUACGAGGACUACUGGCGCUACGACCCUCGUUACGUGAGCAGCUUUGAAGACGACCUGGAGCCCCGGCGCGACCCCUACGGGGACGACUUUGACCGGCGCAGCGUCCACAGCGAGCACUCCGGCCGCAGCCUGCACAGCUCCCACAGCCUGCACAGCCGCCACAGCAGCUUCAGCUCUCGCUCCCAACAAAGCCAGCUUUACCGAAGCAAUCAGGACCUGACAGCCGGCGCCUACAACACUGACCUCCCGUCGGGAUCGUUCCAGAUGGACUAUCCCUCUGCGGGAUACCCCCACUACGCCAACGCGCAGUCCUUGAAUGAUUAUGACCACGCCGCCCACCCUGCUUGGCCAGCUGCGGAACAAGUCCCGUCAAGGCCUCUGACGCCGGAGAAGUUCUCAGUGCCUCACGUCUGCGCGAGGUUCGGUCCUGGGGGUUGCCUGAUAAAAGUCCUCUCGAACCUGCCCUCCGAGGGACAGCCGGCGUUGGUCGAACUGCACAGCAUGGAGAUGCUGCUGCAGCAUUCUCCAGAACAAGAGGAGAUGAGAGCGUUCCCCGGCCCUCUCACCAAAGACGACACCCACAAAGUGGACGUGAUCAAUUUUGCCCAGAACCAAGCCGCCCGGUGCGUUCAGAACGACGCCCUGCUGGACAAGGAAUCUGCUCGGCUGCUCUGGGACUUCGUCGUUCUCCUGUGCAGGCAGAACGGGACCGUGGUGGGCACCGACAUCGCCGAGCUUCUGCUGCAGGAUCACAAGACCGUGUGGCUGCCGGGCAAAUCGCCCAACGAGGCGAACUUGAUCGACUUCACCAACGAGGCCGUGGAGCAGGCGGAGGAGUCCGGAGAAGCCCAGCUGUCCUUCCUCACCGACAGCCUCCUCGCUACCAUCGACAGCCUGGAGAAGGAGACGGAGCGCUUCCGGGAACUCCUGCUCUACGGCCGCAAGAAGGACGCGCUGGAAUCCGCCAUGAAGCACGGCCUCUGGGGCCACGCCUUGCUGCUGGCCAGUAAGAUGGACAGCAGGACUCACGCGAGGGUGAUGACCAGGUUUGCCAACAGCCUUCCAAUCAAUGACCCCCUGCAAACCGUGUACCAGCUCAUGUCCGGCCGGAUGCCCGCAGCGUCCACGUGCUGCGGAGACGAGAAAUGGGGUGACUGGAGACCCCACCUGGCGAUGGUCCUGUCCAACUUGACGAACAACAUGGACGUGGAGUCGAGGACAAUCGUCACCAUGGGCGACACGCUUGUUUCGAAAGGGCUCCUGGACGCCGCGCACUUUUGCUACCUGAUGGCUCAGGUUGGAUUUGGGGUGUACACGAAGAAAACGACCAAGCUGGUGCUGAUUGGCUCGAAUCACAGCUUGCCCUUUUUGAAGUUUGCCACCAACGCCGCCAUUCGAAGGACGGAAGCCUACGAAUACGCGCAGUCGCUGGGGACUCAGCCCUGCUGCCUGCCCAACUUCCAGGUUUUCAAGUUCAUCUACGCUUGCCGCCUCGCUGAGAUGGGACUUUCUGCCCAAGCGUUUCAUUACUGCGAAGUCAUAGCCAAAGCCGUCCUUAGGAACCCCUGCUACUAUUCCCCUGUUCUCAUCGGUCAGGUGAUCAAGAUGUCCUCUCAGUUGCGGCUCUUCGACCCUCAGAUGAAAGAGAAGCCGGAGCAAGAGUUAUUUAUUGAGCCCGAUUGGUUACUGCAGCUUCGGAGCCUAGAUGGGCAAAUUAAGGAGGGCGCCCUAGCGUACCACACCGGCAGAUCCACGCCCCAGCAGUACACUUGCAGCACGCCGAGCUCCGAGCUGGACCACGCCAGUCAACAUGAGGCCGUGAGCGCUGGCCAGGAAAUGAACCCGGGCCCCGACAACCCGCUCCUGGCCUCUUUGCAGCCGCUGAGCACGGGGCACUCUGUGCAGAGUGUCCAGCUGAUGCCUUCAGCUCCUGCGGCCAUUCUCAACGGCUCGGCCACCAUGGCGCCCCCUUCCCAGCCAGAGGCCGCCGGCACGGUUCCGUUCUACCCUGUGGCGCCUUCCUCUGUGGGGCCCCGGCCUGGCGUCCCGAACCCCUACGCGGCGGAACAGACCCCCAUGUGCGCGGGCAUGGGGCUGCCCCCAGCAGGCCCACCACCUCAACCCAAUGAGUUUCAGCUGCAGGAGCAGUUCAGCCAGGAAGCAGCAGCGCAGCGUCUCCCUCAGGGAUCUCCAGCUUGGAAAUCUGUACCGGAACCCAGAGAGGAGGACUUCUACGGGAAGAUGGCAAACAUGGGACCGGGCCGGCGAUCCAGAACUACCUCCCAGUCUUCAGCCCACAUGGGCUUUGGCCAGCGCUCCCGGACCACCUCGGAGUCCUCCGUGCAUUCCGUCGGGCGCGAGAGGCGGAACUCUGCAGCCAAGCAGCCCUCUCCUCCGCCCCCGUCAAUCCUGGAGGGGAAGGAAGCCAAGAAGGAAGCCAAAAAGGAAGCCGGGCCCCGAAAGAGCGGCGCCACGUGGUUCGGCUGGCUGAUGGGGAAGGGCAAGAACGAAGCUCACCUUCCCGAUGACAAGAACAAAUCGAUCGUUUGGGACGAACAGAAACAGCGGUGGGUCAACUUAGAUGAACCGGAAGAAGAGAGCAAGCCGCCGCCUCCACCUCCCACGGGGUUCCCCCAAGUUCCUCCGGCGGCUCCCUCUGGACCAGGAGGACCUCCCAACGCCAACGUCAACAUGUUCUCCAGGAGAGCAGCCGGAAGCAGAGCUCGAUAUGUCGACAUCCUGAACCCGAGCGGGGCUAAAUCGCCUGGCGCCGCUCCCGCCCCCUCGGACCUCUUCGCUCCGCUGGCCCCGAUGCCCGUCCCGGCCAACCUGUUUGUACCGAACCCGGCUCUGGAGCAGCAACAGCAGCAGCCUCUGGAGGGCACCGUGCCAGAAGAGCAGGCGGCACCCGGAGACCAACCCAGCCCCGAAACGGCUGCGGAACAUCCCUACUUAAAUUCUGCCGCGUUUCCACCCGGCUCUGAGCUCCCUCCGUCUAAUCCAGAGGGAUCCCAGUCUGGAGAGCCUCCUUUGGGAGGACCCCCGACGGGCGCUGUCCAGUUCUACAACCCAUCCCACUUUGCACAGUCUGCUGCAGCUCCAGGAAGUUUGAGGCUCAGCAGAAUUGGACAGAGGAAAUACCCCACUUUAAAAUAGCAUCCAGGAAACCUGUGAUCUGGGCCUGUCAUGCAUGGAUUUACAAAGACUUAAUUCAGAGAUUCCAUGGGGCAGGGAGCCCGUCCUCUCCUGCUUUGUGUGGGUUUUCCACUGAGGCUGCAGCCCAUGGGAUUUCCUCAGCGCGCCCCGUUCUAUAAAAUCCAGCUGCCGCGUCCUAACUCCGCAGUGAGUGGAAAGAAGCAACGGAAGCGAACGGAAAAGCUCUCUGUUCACAGGAAUCAAGCAGAGCACAGGAGGGGAUGUUUUUCUCCUUUCCCCGACUUGACUAGAAUUUGGAUGCUCAGCGAUUCGCGCAUUCUUUAAGGAAAGGGGUCUUUUCCAAUACGCAGGGGGGUACACUUCACCUUUUAACGUUUCAAUUAGUGGCCUUACAGGGAUUGGGGCCCAGCGUUUAUGCAUCUAAACCGCCAGCCAGGUUUAUUGCUUAUUUGAAGCAUUAAGAUAUUUGGCUGGGAUUUUCUUCUCCUGUCGACCUUCCCUUCCGCCUCUUUGGGAGGAAGGGUCAUAGCUCAUCCAAAUAAACAGACAGAUGUAUAACAAAUGGGGAGUGGGGCAAAACGAAACAAAACUGUGAUUUGUAAUCUAAGAUUUAAUUGGAAGUGGAAUUUCUUUAGUCUGUCUGUAGUUUGUGUUUAGGCGCCUUGUAAAGCAAACUGUAUAGUCCAGAACAGAAGCUCUUUGUACAGUAGGCAGUGCAGUUUACGUUCUGAAGAUUCCCCUCGAAGUGCAAUAUGGAUCCUUUUCUCUCUCAAUCUCUCUCUCUCAAUCUCAUCAUUUAAGGCAGUUAACAGCUCAAAAGGGGUUUGUGUUCUGUUGGGUUUUUUUUUGUUUAAAGUGUAGUGUUCAGGGUUUGUUUCUGUUCUUCUGCCUCAAACUUCCUCCGUUAUCAAAAUGGCGGAGGCCUUGUUUAGCUAACCCGUCACACUGCUACUAAAUUGGAGUGGGUUUGGGUUCAGCCAAGCCUCUCCGGCGGUGGACACGAAACCCAUUCCUGCUUGGGGCAGGGCGUUUCGAGAGGCGCCGGGUCCGCGUCCACUUCGGCUUGAACCAAGCGACCAGAGGAGACGUCAGUAUUUAUGUGCGGCUUGCUCCGAUAGAGCCGGUCCAGUCUUACCACCACCAAUGCUGCUUAUGAUCGAAGCGAUGUUCCUGUGGGUUUAAUUCAUGCUGUCCCUUGACUCUCUCUCUGUGGGUGAUCCCCACAUAUCUGGGGACUGGAACGCCUUAAAUAUAUUGCAGAGGGAUUGCGUUUGGGAGGAAUUGCUCACGAUCCGCACACAAGAGCGUGGUCUCGCCCUGGCAGUCUUUAGUACCAAGCCUUCUGAGAUAUCUGGGGUCCCCCCCCCCACUUAUACACGCUUCCUCUCUACUCUCCACGUAGACCUGCCAAACAUCACAAAUGUUUCCUCGGCGGAGAGAGCGCCCCUCUCUGUCCUCAAUGUUAGAAUUGACACUGUACAUUCUUAAAUAAAAUAUUUUGCGCUCUGGAGCACUUUUUCACAUUUUA